CGACUCAAAACUCUCUAUAUAAAUUAUUCCAAUUACUAGCGGUGGUCAAACGAGAACACCUCACAUAAUUGCGUAAACACGCUUUGGAUUCUCUCUCCUCUUUUUUUUCAACUGUUUCUCCGAUUCCGAUCAACGUAGAUUUUGUCUCCGUCUCUCUAUAUCUCCGGUAAGAUCUUUGAUUACCUGUGUUAUCUCAAGGAGAGACACCGUCAAAACCAAAAAAACAAAAGAAAAAUAAUCACGAUCUGGGGUUUCGAUUUUUUUUCCAAUCAAUUUCAUUUUUUUCUCCAAUUAAUCGUAUACGGAAUUUUCCAUAUAUUUGUUUGAUUGCUUAAUAGAUUUGAAGUACCUUGGUUUUGUUUUUGUUUUUUUAAGAAAAACAGGAAAUUGAAUUGAAUUAGGGUUUGUGUUUGGGUAUCUGGAAAAAUUUGUUUUGUUUGCUUCCUUGUGAAUUUUGAUUGAGAAGAGUUGUGUGUUGUGGUUGUUGAUAAUAUGGCGGCAGGGCGGCUCGAUGUGUCUAGGAGGCAGGGUGGUGGUGGUUAUUUUGAUAAGGUGAAGCGGGGUGGUGAUCGUGGUUUGGUACGGAAAAAUGGUUAUCAUAGUUCAACGAUUGUGCCUAGUUUUGAUUUUAGACGAGGUGGGCUUAGUUGUAGAGAUGAAGAACAACAGUCAGGGGAACCGUGGCAAUUUAAUGCCUUCGGUUCCUCGAAAUAUGAGGAAGGUGAGAUACCAGCAAAUGAAGAUGGGGUUCAAUUGCCCGCAGAGAAGAAAAGGAAGUUUUCUCCUAUUGUAUGGGAUGUUGAGGAGAAAAAAGCGAAGAUUUCUUCAAAGAAUAGAGUUGUUCAGAGGAGUAGUACUCGGGAUGUAAAUGUUGUUUCAGACGAGGAUGUUGUGAAAAGUCCUGUCAAAGGAGGAUUGGAGCUUUUGGUGGACAAGGAUUGUGUGGAUGGAGGAUCAACUGAUGGUAUUGGAUCUGAGUAUCCAGCUCCUUUGUCUUCUUCGUUGCAUCCAAAGAAAGAUGAGGGUUAUGACCAAGAGCAGGGACAAGUGGAGGAGGAAGAGCUUCCUGAAGCACGGAAUAUAUCCAUGUCCCGGUGGGCUUCUGAUGAUGAUUCUCCAAGGGAUACCACUUUGAUUGAUGAUAAAGGAAUGCACGGAGAAAUGGUGUACAGGACAGAUUUGAUUAAUAGAGAAGGGUUCCAGAGAGAAGUCUCAGAUAGAGAUGGAUCAAGUUCAUCUCUAUUGGAUGAAAGAGCUUACAGUGGCAGCUCUGCUUCUGAAUAUGAAUUGCAAAAUGAUGUCAUGGACAUUGAUGAUAUUAGGGAUGGAAAUGCCAGUGAUAAUGAGAUGGAGCAAACCACUGGUGAAGAGCCCACAGUUACUAACCAAAGGGGGUUUAAUAUGCUAGAGGGUUGUAGAAGCGUGUUCGAGUAUGAAAGACUCAAUGAAAUCAAUGAAGGAACCUAUGGUAAAGUGUACAAAGCCAGGGAUAAGAAGACUGGAGAAUUUGUGGCUUUGAAGAAAGUGAAGAUAAAUGUCGGAAGAGACAAAUACUUGGAAGAGUAUGGUUUCCCCUUGACAUCUUUGAGGGAGAUUAACAUUCUUAUGUCUUUUGAUCACCCUUCAAUUGUGAGAGUUAAAGAAGUUGUGAUGGGGGACCUUGAUAGUGUUUUCAUGGUGAUGGAGUACAUGGAACAUGAUCUCAAGGGGCUGAUGCAAGCGAUGAAGCAGCCUUUCAGUACAAGUGAAGUCAAAUGCUUAAUGCUACAGCUUUUGGAAGGUGUCAAAUAUCUUCAUGAUAAUUGGGUGCUUCACAGGGAUUUGAAGACAUCAAACCUUCUUUUGAAUAACCAAGGAGAGUUGAAAGUAUGUGAUUUUGGGAUGUCACGCCAGUAUGGUAGCCCAUUGAAGCCAUAUACCUCUCUGGUGGUUACUUUGUGGUACAGGGCACCAGAACUACUUCUUGGAGCAAAGAAAUACUCUACAGCAGUAGACAUGUGGUCAGUGGGUUGCAUAAUGGCUGAAAUGUUGACCAAGGAACCCCUAUUCACAGGGAAAGGUGAAAUUGAUCAGCUUGACAAGAUCUUCAAAACUCUUGGCACACCAAACGAAACUAUUUGGCCUGGGUUAUCAAAAUUGCCAGGGGCAAAAGCAAAUUUUGUUAAGCAACCGUAUAAUCAGUUACGUAAGAAGUUUCCUUUCACACCUUUCACAGGAUCUCCAGUUCUCUCUGACUCAGGAUUUGACUUGCUAAACAGACUUCUAACUUAUGACCCAGAGAAGCGAAUAACAGCAGAUGAUGCUCUUAAUCAUCCCUGGUUUAAUGAGGUCCCACUAUCAAAAUCAAAAGAAUUCAUGCCUACUUUCCCUCCUCAGUAUGCAAAGAACAGGUAGCUGAUAGACUGGAUGACUAGAAGCAGUACACAACUGAGAACAAUUUCGUGAACCUCUUACCUUUUCUUCACUAUUUCCCAGAACAGGGCUUCUUGUUGUGUGCCUUUUUCUCAACUUGUACUCUGACUCUUAGGCCUAAUCAAAGAACAAUGAAGUGUCUAGAUUCCAGGAGCAUCGGUGAAGGAAGGCAGUACCAGGUGUUAUCUGGCACAUAUUGGUGGAUAUCAUCCUUUGGGAUUUACAUCCUUUUUUGUAAUGAUCCUGCAGUCCUUGACCCGCAAGGUCCUGAGUAUUGACCUUUUUCUUUGUCUUCCUUUGUUUCUGUUCUCUUUUAAUCAGCUUGAGUUCAGAAUGAGUGUAAAUAUUUCUCAACUCAGUUAUAAAUGAUUAGAUUUAUUUAUAUAUAUUCUUUCAUUUAGUGCUAAACUGUUAUUCAAUCUAUUUUCUUGUAUAUUCAAACUUUGCUUGCUAGAGAGAACUGAUGUAAGGCAAUGGAUUGGGGCGCUGAUAUUUCUGGUCUCUUGUAAGCUUCCUUCAAUGAUGGCUGCAAUAGAAUUUGCAACUACUCAGCGACCGUGUUUCUCAAGUUCUUUUGGUUGGAUGUUCAGCCGGUAUGUGAAUAGAAUGUGGAAAGGUUUGGAGGAAUAUCCCCUGCUCCCUCCAUACCCACUUGUUCAUGAGUGUGGGAUUAGAAGGGGUUUAAUGUUGCGGAACAUAAAAAGAAUAGCACAUGCAAUUGCCUCCCAUGUGCUCUGCUUUCCCACUCUACUUCACAAAUUCUUGGAUUCUUGUCUCUCUAUUCUUUGGGCUUUCGAGUUACAGCAGCGUUUAAUAUAGAGAAGACUGCCAAACGUGUUGUGGCCUCAUGUUUGAGGAAGCGAGCAAUACGUGAAUGCCCAUUUGUUCAUUUGGACGUUUCAGUUCAAUCUUCACCUCUGUUUCUUUACCAGGAAUGAUGUUCUUUUGAUCAUUUUGUGAUGAACACAGCUCAAAAAUACUUUGAAAUCAAUGACAUUUAUUAAUUCAGAGAACAAACAUCACAGAAGUGCAGUAGCACCAUCUGUCAAUGAGUAUUCUUGUUCGCGGAGCCAUUAAGUAGAGGAGCGAUAAUCCUGAAUGCUCAAUGAUGUCAAAACUCCUCUUGAGCUCGUUGCCUGCGGAGGCGGUAUGUGGGGGAGCAAUAAUUCUCCAGUCCUGAAUGUUCGUUCACCUGUUAUGCUUUAUCAAUGGACGAGAGAGUUGUAAAAUCGAUGUCCCAUGUAAUUCAGCCAUUUAUAUAGACUGAAGAUGUUAUGUUAUAAAAACUUAGAUGAUCUUAAACGAGAAAUGGGGCCAAAAAUUUAUAUGAA